CGAGCCUAGGAGCACAAAGGUAACCCCGUUCAAGUUGCUAACAGGUGUGGACAUGCGUGUAGUUGACAUUGCAGAACUCAAAGAACAGGUGCAGCAGUCUUUGAUAGAAGAGUUGGACGAAGAGCGUGAACAGAUACGCAAACAAGCCAGGGACAACAUUCAAGCUUUACAGGAGGAGAACAGAAGAGCUUUUGAUUCAAAAAGGAAAGAGGAAAAGCAAUACAAAGUCAAUGACUUAGUUGCGAUUAAACGUACUCAGUAUGGGGUGGGUUUAAAGUUGAAAGGAAAGUGUCUUGGUCCCUAUAAGGUCGUCAAAGUUCACAAGCAUGGCAGGUAUGAUGUGGAGAAAGUGGGAGAUAGCGAAGGACCUUUGAAAACUUCCACAGUAUCUGAGUUUAUGAAGGAGUUCGGGACGAACACCACGUCAGGAGGGCCGAAUGUAGGAAUUAGGAAUAAACCAGAAGAGCAAGAACAGAGAAACACACGGAGUGGACGUCAGUUCUGACAACACAGAGAGAGAUCGCUAAUGUAUGCGUGCGUUUAACAGAUCAAGAGAGAAAAACUCUAAUAAAGUCAGUUGAUGCCGAAAUCUCACGCUAAGCAGUCCACAGAGACACACUCCACUUUGUAAACUCGUUAAAGUUUAAAACACCACACAACACUCAGUUUGUAAUUAACUCAAAUAUAUAAUAAUAAAUAAAGCAUUAAAAUAAUAAAA